AUGACUGCAGAAGAUGAAGAACAUUUUCAAAAUACUAAUAUCUGUCAUAUUUGUGAUGGGGAGAUAUAUGAUGAUGAUGAUGAUGAUAAAGUUAGAGACCAUGAUCAUUUGACUGGGAAGUACAGACGACCUGCUCAUAAUCAAUGUAAUUUACAUUAUAAAAACCCUAACUUUAUACUAGUGUUCAUUCAUAAUCUAACUGGAUAUGAUGCUCAUUUAUUUGUUAAAGAACUUGGAUAUGAUGAACAGAAAAUUGAUUUGAUACCAAACAAUGAGGAGAGAUAUAUUUCAUUUAGUAAGAAAAUUGGAAAAAUCAAACUUAGGUUUAUAGAUUCAUUUAAAUUUAUGGCAAGUAGUAUUGAUAAACUCUCUAGUAAUUUGAAAAAAAAACAGUUCAGAGAAACAUCUAAGUUUUUUCGUAAUCACCUAUUAGAUUUAGUUAUAAGAAAAGGUGUUUAUCCAUAUGACUAUAUGGAUUCGUGGGAAAAAUGUGAAAUGGAUAAACUUCCUCCAAAACAAGAGUUCUAUAGUACAUUAAAUGAAUGGGAUAUAACGGAUAAAGAUUAUAAACAUGCCAAACAUGUUUGGGAGUCAUUUAAGAUUAGAAAUAUGGGUGAAUUUUCUGAUCUAUAUGUGAAAACAGAUGUUUUAAUACUAGCAGACAUCUUUGAGAAUUUUAGAAAUGUAUGCAUGAAAACUUAUAAAUUAGAUCCAGCAUGGUAUUUCCCAGCACCUGGAUUAUCAUGGGAUGCUAUGUUGAAAAAAACAGAAGUUAAAUUAGAUCUAAUAGCUGAUUAUGAUAUGAUUUUGAUGUUGGAAAAAAGAAUAAGAGGUGGAAUAUCCCAGUGUUGUAACAGAUAUGGAAAGGCAAAUAACAAAUGCUAA